AUGUUUGUGUUAAAUCUCUUUUCCUUGUGCUUCGUCUCCACUUUAAUUGAAACAGGUUACUCCAUAAAUGGAUAUUUCUUUCACCAAGAAGACAGAUGUCUCUUCAGAAAUGAAGACUUGGGUGAUUUGGAGUACAUCCGACAGUUCACAUUUAAUAAGAUUAUGUUUCUUCAGUACAACAGCACUGAGAUGAAUUGGACUGGAUACACACCUCAUGGAGUUAAAAAUGCAGAGAAGUGGAAUCAUGACCCUGCUAUGAAGGCUGAAAUGAAAAACAACAAAAUUGCAUUCUGCAUGCAUAAUGCAGCCAUUGACCAAAAAUAUGUACUUAGUCGGACCUCAAAGCCAUACGUAAAGCUCAAGUCAUUGAAGUCAUCCCAUGGCAGACACCCAGCUAAGUUAGUAUGCAGUGCAUAUGACUUCUACCCCAGACAUAUUAAAGUGACCUGGUUGAAAGAUGGCAAAGAAGUGACCUCUGACGUGAUCUCCACUGUGGCAUUGGCUGAUGGAGACUGGUACUAUCAGAUUCACUCCUACUUGGAGUAUACUCCCAGAUCAGGAGGAAAAAUCUCCUGUAUGGUGGAGCAUGCCAGCUUCAGUAAACCCAUGGUGUAUGACUGGGGUGAGAAGAAACACAAUCCCUAUCCUGAAUCUGAGAGAACAAAGAAUGCUAUUGGUGCUUUUGGGCUUGUGCUGGGUGCUUUAAUAUCUAUUGCUGGACUGCUCUACUUCAGGAAAAGAUCUGCACGUCAGUGGAAACUGCCGGUGAACUGA